CGUUGCGCGUCCAGGUCGCUAACGGCGGCUGGCGUAUACACCCGGUUUCCCGAACCUUUUUUUUUUUUUCUUUGUUUUUUCCUCGUACUGUUUCCAUCCUUGGUCCCUGCGCCAUGGCCGGGGCCGCCCAGCACUGCAAUGGCGAGAGGGCCGUCGUCUUGCUGUUCGUCUCCCGCGUCCUCUUCUCCGCCCCCCUCUCCCUCUCCUUCGAGGCCGCCGCCCUCGUCCUUCUCACCGUUUGCGGCCUCGUCGUCGAGAUCUCCGCCGACUGCUCCACCGCCCUCGACCGCUUCAAGACCAGGCCUGGCGCUUCAUCUGGGAUACUACUUGGUGCUGUCACACUGCCUACUGUCAUGCUGUCACGGUUGAUACAACUCUCAAGGGCACUAUUGAGGCAAGAUGCUGGGCCUGAAGAGCUUGCUUAUAUGAGCAUGCAAUAUUGGACCGUGUCAGUUAGCUGCUUUGGUGUGCUAAUCUUCUUCUUUUUCAUACUGAGGCGUUCUCCCAACAAUGCAAGUUCGAGUUCUCAAGCUUCAAAAUAUAGCUUUCUCCACACAGUUCUGUAUGUACUUACGUGCUGUCUGUUGUUUGCAACAAAAUCAGACAGUGGCUGGUUUAUCACAAAUAAUUUAUUGUGGUUACUCUGGCAUGGACUGACUACUGUGUUUCUUAUCCAGCAUAUUCUUCAAACAUUUCCAUCCUGUGCCUCCAUAGGAGAAGCGCUUUUGGUGUCAAGUGGUCUGGUUCUUUACUUUGGUGAUAUGCUGGGACUGACUCUUUCAAAGAUCAAUUUUUCCUUAUUAUCAUCAAAAUUAAAUUUCAUAAGAUACGGAACUCGAAGUGAAAUAGCCACAGUUAUUCAGGGACACUUGCUUGGUCUUCUCCUUUUGCCAGUAUUUUACAAAAGUCUACUUCAAAUUUGGAUGUACUUUGCAAAUUUGAAUAAGCCUGAAGAGCAAGCCGCUGAAGGAUGGACAUAUAGAAGGAUUGGAAGUUCUGCUGUAUUUUAUGCUUCUCUGUUAGUUAUGUUUACAAUUUUAGUUCCAGCGUGGAUGUACUUCAUUCAGGAUUUUCAUGUGCAUCCUUUGCUAUGGGUAUUUACUUUUGUGCUCACUGACCCACUGAAACGGCUGGCAUUAUGCAUAUACUGGAUAGGUGUGAUAUGUGCAUCUGUUUUGCGAUUCUACAAUAUAUCAAAACACAGCAAGAUUGAGAGGAUUCUUCUCCGAAAAUACUACCAUUUAGUGGCAGUUCUAAUGUUUUUGCCUGCUCUUCUGUUUCAGCCAUCUUUUCUGGACCUAGCAUUUGGUGCAGCUUUGGCAGUUUUCUUAGUAUUGGAAAUGAUUCGAGUAUGGAAGAUAUGGCCUCUGGGGCACCUUGUACAUCAGUUCAUGAAUGCAUUUACUGAUCAUCGUGACUCUGAGAUUCUUAUCAUCAGUCAUUUUUCCCUCUUACUAGGAUGUGCUCUUCCAAAAUGGAUGUCUUCUGGGUUCAAUGAUCGACCGCUUGCGCCUUUUGCUGGAAUUUUGAGCUUAGGAAUUGGUGAUACCAUGGCAUCAAUGGUUGGCCACAAGUAUGGUGUUCUCAGGUGGAGCAAAACUGGGAAGAAAACUAUUGAAGGUACUGCUGCUGGCAUAACAUCAGUCCUAGCAGCUUGCUCAAUACUACUUCCUCUCUUAGCAUCCACCGGCUAUAUACUGUCACAGCACUGGUUAUCUUUGCUUCUGGCGGUCACUGUGAGUGGUUUAUUGGAGGCCUACACAGCACAGCUUGACAAUGCUUUCAUCCCCCUCGUAUUCUAUGGCCUCCUUUGUUUGUGAGAGUGCCGAAGAAUACCUUCCUGGGGUGGCUUUUCACCCUCCCAUCUCAAUUUUAUGAUUUUGACGGCCUUGUGCUUUUUCCAAGCACCACUGUACAUAGAAGCAGCCUGCAGGCACUCGAAAAGCAACAGGAUAGUUUACAGCACUCAGUUGUAUCAUUACGUUGUUGUCAUUAGUUAUUUAUCCUUCACCAUUAUUCGUCCAUUUUAAAUCAUCACAGCUUUCUUGUAUCUACAAAUCC